GUGUGUGUGUGUGUGUGUCAGUGUGUGUGUUGCGGGGAAGGAGUCCUUCCCCUCCCCGGGCCCCGGCUCCCCCUCCACUCCCACCCCCAGCGGCCCCUCCCCGGUGAGCGCGCCCACCCCCCCCAUCCCCCAUCCUCCCCAGGAGGAACGCAGAGCCGCAGCCGCGGGGAAACGUAAAGUUUCUGCGGCUCAAAAGUGAGCUCUUAAAAUUCUUUAAGAGCUCUUUGGCGGCGGAUAUCUAGAGAUCAGACCAUGUGAGGGGCCGAGAGUACAAAUACGGCCGCGCGGGCGUCGGCGCCGGCACAGGCAGCGACGCCCCGGUGCCUCGAGGGCGCGAGGGUCGCCCGCCUCGGAAGCUCCGGACCGGCCUCCGCGGACUCCCGGCAGAGCUCUCAACCCCAUUGACAUCAAGUGCUGAGGAGACUCAUAGAUCUGAGCACCAAGAAUUCAGGUCGGUCCUCGGCACAUGGGCAUCAGCAUCAUCUACUAGCUAGUAGGAUGGAGACCACACCCUUAAAUUCCCAGAAGGAGCUAACAGCAUAUAUGGAUGGAGAAGACUGUCAAGGAAACAGUGUUCUACAGAAGGGUGUCCCUGCCCCGGGGGAUAAGGCGGAGUCCAGCCAAAUUUCGAAUGGGUACUCAGCAGUUCCAAGCCCCAGUGCAGGAGAAGACACUCAGCAUUCCAUCCCGGCUGCCACCACCACGCUAGUGGCUGAGGUUCAUCCAGGGGAACGGGAGACCUGGGGCAAGAAGGUGGAUUUCCUCCUCUCCGUCAUUGGCUAUGCUGUGGACCUGGGCAACGUCUGGCGCUUUCCCUACAUCUGUUACCAGAAUGGAGGGGGGGCAUUCCUCCUCCCCUACACUAUCAUGGCCGUUUUCGGGGGGAUCCCGCUGUUCUACAUGGAGCUCGCGCUCGGCCAGUACCACCGAAAUGGAUGCAUUUCGAUAUGGAGAAAAAUCUGCCCGAUUUUCAAAGGGAUUGGUUACGCCAUCUGCAUCAUUGCCUUUUACAUCGCCUCCUACUACAACACCAUCAUGGCCUGGGCGCUCUAUUACCUCAUCUCCUCUUUUGCGGCCCAGCUGCCCUGGACCAGCUGUAAGAACUCCUGGAACACUGGCAACUGCACCAACUACUUCUCCGAGGACAACGUCACCUGGACACUCCACUCAACAUCCCCUGCAGAAGAAUUUUAUACGCGCCACGUCCUGCAGAUCCACCGGUCAAAGGGGCUCCAGGACCUGGGAGGCAUCAGCUGGCAGCUUGCCCUCUGCAUCAUGCUGAUCUUCACUAUUAUCUACUUUAGCAUCUGGAAAGGUGUCAAAACAUCUGGCAAGGUGGUUUGGAUAACAGCCACCUUCCCUUACAUCAUCCUUUCGAUCCUGCUGGUGAGGGGGGCCACCCUCCCCGGAGCCUGGAGGGGAGUUCUCUUCUAUUUGAAACCCAACUGGCAGAAACUCCUGGAGACAGGGGUGUGGGUGGAUGCGGCCGCCCAGAUCUUCUUCUCUCUCGGUCCUGGCUUUGGGGUCCUGCUGGCUUUUGCGAGCUACAACAAAUUCAACAACAACUGUUACCAAGACGCCUUGGUGACCAGUGUGGUGAAUUGCAUGACGAGCUUCGUUUCAGGAUUUGUCAUCUUCACAGUGCUGGGGUAUAUGGCUGAGAUGAGGAACGAAGAUGUGUCUGAGGUGGCCAAAGAUGCAGGCCCCAGCCUGCUCUUCAUCACAUAUGCGGAAGCCAUAGCCAACAUGCCGGCAUCCACGUUCUUUGCCAUCAUCUUCUUCCUGAUGUUAAUCACACUGGGCUUGGACAGCACAUUUGCAGGCUUGGAGGGGGUGAUCACAGCCGUGCUGGAUGAGUUUCCACACAUCUGGUCCAAGCGCCGGGAGUGGUUUGUGCUCAGCGUGGUCAUUACCUGCUUCUUUGGAUCCCUGAUCACCCUGACUUUUGGAGGGGCCUACGUGGUGAAGCUGCUGGAGGAGUUUGCCACGGGACCCGCAGUGCUCACUGUUGCCCUGAUAGAAGCAAUUGCUGUGUAUUGGUUCUAUGGCAUCAAUCAGUUCUGCAGUGAUGUGAAGGAAAUGCUUGGCUUCAGCCCUGGAUGGUUUUGGAGGAUCUGCUGGGUAGCCAUCAGCCCUCUGUUUCUCCUGUUCAUCAUUUGCAGUUUUUUGAUGAGCCCACCACAGCUACGACUUUUUCAGUAUAAUUAUCCUCAGUGGAGCAUCAUCCUGGGUUACUGCAUAGGAACCUCAUCUUUCAUCUGCGUCCCGAUGUAUAUAACUUAUCGGCUGAUCAUCACUCCAGGGACACUUAAGGAGCGUCUUAUUAAAGGUAUCACUCCAGAAACACCGACAGAAAUUCCCUGUGGGGAUAUCCUCUUGAACGCUGUGUAAAAAGGAAGGAAAAUGGCUUCCCAACAAGCUCUUCCUCCAGUUCUGACAAGUCACACCUCGCCUUCCCCCUCUAACUCAAUGAGUUGCCAGCUAAGCCUGCCGAUGGAAGGGCCUUCUUCAUAGAGACACAGUCCCAAAAGACUAUGGUGCCUAGACUCUUAUGGCCUCCAGCCACUUCUUUCUGUGAAAUCUCCCAGACAUGUUAUCAUGUUAGACUCUGUGAUGCAGCUGAAGUGGACUGCUUUGGAUGUGGGAGGGUGUGUAUGGAGGUGAUGAAAACCACAGUAUCGUCAGUUAGGAUUAGGUUUAGGAUCAAGUCUGUGAAAGUCUCCUGUAUCAUUCCUUGUUACGAUCAUCAGUAUCUAACAUCGUUUGCUUCCAAAGGUUUCACUGUUCAUGAAUGCAUAAACCAUUUAGAAGAAAACAGGGAUACUGUCUUGCUAGCCAUAUAUUUCCUGAGUAGCAUAGAAUUCUACUAUAGCUGGAAUCUACUAGAACCCUGUAACCUGUGUACUGCUCUGGAGUCAGGAGAGGAAGAUGUAAGAAGCUAAGCUGAAAAAUAAUUUGUACAUGUGAGCGUGUGUGUCUGUGUAUAUACUGUUGUUCCAGCGUAUCCCUAUCUCCAUUCUAAUACUUUGGGCCCGUUACAAACUAUAUGAAUUUCCUCUAGUUUUUCUUACAUUAACAAAUUCCACCUACU